ACAAUAAAACAUGAAUGUACUUAUUUGCUGAUUUGUUUUUGUUUGUUUGUUUGUUUGUGGAAGGAUUUGUUGAUGGAUUUGCCGUUUGAGUUGGUGCAGUACACACACUCGGCCUCUAGGUGUCAGUGCUGUGAGUCUGGUCCACUGAUGUGACCCGCAGAAGAAGACGCUGUGUGUCUGCGCCCGGGAAAGCGGCAGUUUCAUACAGUCUCUGGCUUAAACCCCGUUAGCAUGCGGCUAACCUGUUAAACUACAUAGCGUUGUAGUAGUAAACGUUAUUUCUCAAAACGUUAACCAAUUAACCGCCUGGUUUAUUCAUGUACUCUUUUAAAUUUAAAACGCAAUGCCUUCGUUUUCAAAGCGCAAAAGGAACACGCGGGACAUGAGGUGCGUGUCAUUUCCGGAGGACGUCAGGGAAACGUUCAGCAGGAGGGGAACCUGCGAGACGCCGAAAGCCACGAAGUCGUCAUGGGAGACGUGCGGGGACAGCUUCCUGGACACUCCUGUGGUGGAGAAACACGACGCUACAAGACGGACGGUGCAGCAGCUGGCGCAGACGUCCACAUCUGUGAGGCCUGGCUCGGGAGGCGAGGAUCCCGUCCACAUCGCCUGGACGUCGAGCGAGGACGAGGACUCUGACGGCGAACCCCAGCUCCCUCUCGCCGUCACGAAGGCCGCUCGGAGACCCAGACCGACCGUCAGCAGCGCGUCCAGCAGAUACGCCCGCUUCCUCAGCACAGGAGCAGAUACAGACGAGCUUCCCACCAUCGAUUCAGAAAGCGAGCACGAGGACAUUUCUACGUCAAAGGAGCCAAUUUCUCCGGCGGCGGCUGAGAUCUCGGACUACCCUUCGGAUAGCGAUGGAGAUCCCGACACCAGCCGGCUGGACUCUCCUGCUCAGGAGCCAGCCGAGCAGCGACAGCGGUCCGUCAGCGAGUGGGUUCGAUCUGCCCAAGCUCUGCUCCAGACGCCUCCGAAACAAACAGAUAAGCCCUCGAAGACACCCGAGGACUCCGGGAAAAAGAAGCGCAAGUUUGUAAGCCGGGGGCUCGCAGAGAGACUGAACAGGCUUCAGUGUCGACAAAGGUCAGCCAUAAGCUUCUGGAGGCACCAGCCUGUGUCCGGCAUUACCGCAGGAACAGAGGAGAGACCGGGCGUGUUAGUGCUCCACGUUCAGAGCGUGUGGGAGGUUUGCGGGACACGGGCCGCACUCUGCCAGAGACUCCCAGAGAGACAGACGUGCGUCGCUCUGUUCAGCAAGGAAACAGCCGCUCAGCUGGCGCCCGGCGCCGGCGACACCAUCCACGUCCAUCCACCGUGGCAAAGCCUGACCGUUGACGGCGAGCGCCAUCCCAUCAUUCUCAACACGCAUUUCAGCCAGAAAGUUUCAGGAGCGACGAAGCAGGACACCGGUGCGACCUGCUCGAAGGUUCUGUGCCUGACCGAGAAGACCAAACCAUAUCCUUUAACCAGGUGCUUCUGGAAAAGGGAAGAGAAUUUUCAGUCUUCUCAGGCGUCCAUCCCUGAUAUACAGACCCGCAGGGAUGCAGGAACUGCGUUUGAAUCGCUCCUGGAGGCUCUGGAGGCUUGUGGGCCAUCAGGGUCUGUGUGUGGUCCUGUGGAGGCGGUGGUCCAGAGGAUCUACUUCUCCUCUGUCGCGCAGUUCCCUCACACAAGCUUACUCCGACACCGGACGCUCAGCAAGCAUAACUCUGGAACGGCGCCGCAACGACGUGUCGGCAGGUGUUGUUUGCUGGUGCAGGACGUUUACGGUAUGUUCGGCGAGGUGGAGAUGCAGUACGCGUCUUCAGAAGACGAGCUAAAAGACCUCACGGAGCAGCUGCAGGGAAAGGUGUGUCUGCUGCAGGGACUGAAGGUGAUCCAGCGCCUCACUCGUGAGAGAUGUGCUCAGCUCUUCAGUUUGAUUGACAGUCUGUGGCCUCCUGCGGUUCCUCUGCGAGUUCCUGGAGAAGGUUCAUGCUGUCAGACUGUUAAAGUAGCAGCACCGAGUUUCUGUUACAGACUGACGGGACAGCGGGACCGCGUGUUCCCUAAAGGCGAGUCGCCGCUGUACCGUCCUCCUUUAAUUCAGACCCUCCGAGAGAUCCUGCAGGACGAGCCCACGAGUCGGCGGUGCAGCUUCAAGGCUACUUUGGUUUAUAAGCGAGAACAGGAUAAAGAAGGGAAGGACCUCGUGCUGUUCGUGACGGACUCCAGCCUCCAGCAGGACGAGCAGAACUCGGGAAGCGUCAGCAGAACCGUACCUGUGCACGCGAGCUCCAUGUCCCUGCGACGUCACGCCGCCGCUGCACCGUCGCCCCAUUUCGGGUCAAGGCUAAUUUUCAGAGACGCCGUAAUGGAGCAAGGUAAGAUCAUCGUCUCGGGGCAGACUGUGUUUCGACUGGACUCGGAACCAUCCCAGAGUCUGAAUAUUUCUUCGCCCCGGUCUGUUCUGCUGGACCAGCUGAGCCCCGAGAGCCCGUCCUGCUCUCUUUGCACUGUUACAGGAGUGGUGACGGACGUAGACGAGAAUUCUGCGUUUUCGUGGCCAGCCUGCGGUCAGUGUGGAGGCGACGGCUUAGAGGCUUCAGAAGAUAAACCAGAUGUGUUUUCCUGCGUGGUGUGUGGAGUCGUGGACAAACCGAGCAGAAAGAUGCAGCUGGAAGUGUUUCUCAGCUGUCCUUCAUCACGUCCCUGGACUGUCAAAGUUAAGCUACAGCAAAACUCCAUCAUGUCCCUCCUAAACGCGACGGGACAUGCCGAGGGCUACGAGGUGGAGGCGGUGCUCGGGAAGAACGUCGGCCCCCUGAGCGCCUUCAUCCACGUGGUCACCCGCUCUCCGUCCCUCUGGAUGGGUUUGGAGGAGAUCACUCUUUGACCCGGGAUUACUGAUACAUCUCUGUGUCUUACCUCACUGGUCUGUGUCUAAACACCAAAGCCAAUAUCUUUUUUUUAUUUAUUUAUUUAUUUAUUUUUUUACAGUCUAAUAAAUCUGAAUGCAAAUCGA